AUGAGGCAUCACACGCGUUGUCUAUUGGCUGUCCUGGCCUUUGUUGGUGAGGUCGCAGCCGGGCCCCAAGUUUCCCUGACUGCCCGCAGCGCUGUCUUUGCCAGGGCAGAGGCGGCACUAGCCUCCGUCUCAGUCACCAACAUCCAAGACGUCCGCGGGAACCUUUAUCUUCCCAGAAGCUGGGACGGUCAUGCGGUCUCGUGGAACAGCAGUGACACCGAUAUCAUCAGCCACGACGGCAUAGUCAAGCGACAGGACACGGACAGAUCGGUUACGCUCAAGGCCACCAUCCAGCAGCGAGGCGUCUCCGUAGAGCGCGAAUUCACCGCCAAGGUGCGCAAGGCCGUCGAAAAGAGGCAGGAUUCCGACUAUGAGGGCUAUGCCUUUGCCUACUUCACCGGCAAUACCAUCGAAGGCGAGAAGAUUUACUUUGCCGCCAGCGUGGGCAACGAUGCCUUGCGUUGGAGAGAGCUGAACGCCGGCCAGCCCACGCUACAAUCGACCAUGGGCACCAAGGGUCUGCGUGAUCCAUUCAUCAUGCGGUCGCACGAGGGCGACAAGUUCUUCCUCAUCGCCACCGACCUUUCUAUCGGGUCUGGAACUUCAUGGGGCGACUCUGUCAAGUUUGGCAGCCGUUUCCUCGAGAUAUGGGAGUCGACCGAUCUCAUCAGCUGGUCCGCCCAGCGCCACGUACAAGUCUCCCCUGCCGAUGCCGGCAAUACGUGGGCACCCGAGGCCUUCUAUGACCCCUCAAUUGGGGAGUAUAUUGUCUACUGGGCCUCUUCGCUGUACGAGGCCAACGACACCAACCGCACCGAGUCGACAUACCACCGCAUGUUGUACGCCACCACCCGUGACUUUGUCACCUUUAGCGAGACAAACAUCUGGCAAGACGCCGGCAUGUCACGCAUCGACUCUACCGUGGUCAAGGACGGUGACAUGUACUACCGCUUCACCAAGGACGAGGGAGCCGGUGGUACUGGCUGUGCCGACAUCAUCGAGGAGCGCUCCGACUCUCUCCGGGCAAACCUCACCGGGUGGACUCGGGUCGACGCCUGCAUCGGAAAGAAUGCAGGCACCUCGGCCGUCGAGGGUCCUACUUCCUUCAAGUCCAACUCUGCAGAUGUCAACGGUCAAAAGUGGUACCUCUUUGUUGACGAGUAUGGCGGCCGUGGUUACAUCCCGCUUGAGACGGCCGACAUUGCGGCGCCGGACUGGAAGGUAUCGGCCAACUACAGCCUGCCUCGCAGCCCUCGUCACGGAACCGUCCUCCCUAUCACCGCCGAUGAGCUCAGCAAGUUGACCGGUACCACAAACACUAAGCGUGCCGUCAACGAAGAUGGCGAGAUCCUCAAGUACUACUUUUCCUUCCUCACCAGCGGCAACGUCCUCGCCGACAUGUCGGGCAACGGCGCAGAUGCCAAGGUUUUUGGUAAUGCCACCAUCCAGGACGGCGUUAUGGUGUUUGACGGCAAGGACGACUUUGUUUCGCUUCCCUUUGACCUGAUGAAGGAUGUCGAGGAUAUGAGCAUCGAGAUGAGUGUUCGCAUCGACACCGACCAGCCGACUCCCUACUUCCUCUUCGGCCUGGGCAACACCGGCUCCAACGGCGCAGGAAACGGCUACGUCUUUGCCACUGGCAGCCCGUCCCGAGCCGCAAUCACCACUGGUGACUACACCGGCGAGCAGGCCGUCGUCCAACAGGGUGACCUCCCCAAGGGCCAGUGGGUGCAACUCGUUUACGUCCUCAACGGCACCACCAGCAUCCUGUACGUGAACGGGACCGAGGUCGCCCGUAACAGCGCUACGACUGUUAAGCCUCUCAAUAUCGGCAACGGCAUCACGUCCAGCAACUACAUUGGCCGCUCCCUUUACACGUCCGACAAGUUCUUCAAGGGACAGAUGAGCCGCUUCGUCCUUUACGGCCGCGCUCUUAACAGCUCCGAGGUGGCCAGCAAGACUGGCAAUGUUUUUCAGGUCCGCGACGUCUCGCUCUCGGACGCCUCGCAGCAAAAAGCACCUGCUCUUGUUGACAGUGCUGCUCGGUCAGUUCUUUUCUACGCAUACCCCAACGUCAGCCUAGCAUCCAUUGCCCCGACCUUCACCACCACAGACGGCGUCACCUCGUCCCCUGCUUCUGGUACAGUUGUUGACCUCAGCGGCGGCAAAACAGCCACGUACACGCUUACUAGUACGGCCGACGGCAGCACAGCCACUUGGACCGUCCGCGCCUCCAACGUCAGAUCUCCCGUGCUCUCUGGCCUCUACGCCGACCCCAACAUAUUCAUCCACAACACUACCUACUACAUCUACGCCACCACCGACGGCUUCCCCGGCUGGAGCGGCAAGGACUUUUACGUCUGGUCGUCGCCGGACCUGGCAACGUGGACACGCAGCGAACAACCAAUCCUGACCCUGGACGCCCCGGGCGGUAACGUGCCGUGGGCCGUCGGCAACGCCUGGGCGCCGGGCUUCAUCGAGCGCGACGGCAAGUUCUAUUUCUACCACAGUGGGCAGCACCGCACGCUCAACACCAAGACCAUCGGCGCCGCCGUGGCCGACAGCCCCCUGGGUCCCUUUACGGCUCAGCAGGACGCCUUCAUCAAGAACAACGAGGCCGUGACGUCGGGCCAGGCCAUCGACCCGGCUGCGUUCCACGACCCGGUCAGCGGCAAGUACUACCUGUACUGGGGCAACGGGCGCCCUCUGUACGCCGAGCUGGCCGACGACAUGGUGUCGCUCAAGGACGGGACGACCAAGGCGAUCGACGGCCUGACCGACUUCCGCGAGGGCCUGUUCCUCGUGUACCGCAAGGGUCUGUACCACCUGACGUACAGCGUCGACGACACGGGAUCGGAGAACUAUCGGGUCGGAUACGCGACGGCGACGUCGCCCGACGGGCCGUGGACGUACCGCGGCGUCGUGCUGUCGAAGCGAACGGAAAUGGGGAUCCUGGGGACUGGUCACAACAGCAUGGUCAACAUCCCAGGUACCGACGACUGGUUGAUUGCUUACCACCGCUUCGCCAUCCCCAGCGGCAAUGGAAACAACAGGGAGACCACGCUGGACAAGGUUGAGUUUGACGCCGAUACGGGGUUGAUGAAGGUCAUAACGCCGACGCUCGAGAGCGUGUCGCCACAGGUGAUAAACAGUACCUGA